ACGACGCAGAGGAAGAAGAAACAUCGAGCGCGGAAAGAAAUUUGAUUUUUUUUAAAGCUGUCAGUAGUAAAAGUUAUAAGCCUCUAAGCUGCACGGCCGCGAAUACAGCAUUUAAGUAUUGUGCUGGGCAGUUUUAGCUUUUGUUAGAUUUUGCCUUCUUAGGAUGCUGGUGUGUAUUUUUAGUUUUUUAAGCCUCCACGAGGUCGGAGUACAACACAGCUAACGGUUAGCCGGUUAGCUCUUCGGUCCUGCUUGUGUUUUUUUUUAAUUAAGCCUCUUAAUGUAAACUAGCACAACCUAAAAUGUCGGGCUUUAACUUCGGGACAAGCACCCUGGGCUCUGCUAACACCGGCGGGGGCUUUUCGUUUGGAGCCGCGACCAGUGCACCUGCUGCAGGAACCGGCGGCUUUAGUUUUGGUGGUCUGGGAGCACCAACCUCUACUCCAGCCGCUACCACCACUACGUCCUCUUUAGGCCUCGGGGGCAGCUUGUUUGCCCAGAAACCAACAAGUGGAUUCUCCUUUAACACACCUGCCUCAGCAGGAGCUGCUGCACCAUCUACUGGCCUUACUUUAGGGACUCCCGCUGCAUCUACUGCUGCUUCAACAGGGUUCAGCUUUGGUUUUGGGAAACCAGCAGCCUCAGCAGCUCCAUUUUCAUUGACGACCACCACCUCUGCCCCAGCAGCUACAGGCUUGACUUUGGGCUCCGUCCUCACCUCCUCUGCCCCUCAGACUGGCUCCACUGGCUUCUCGUUGAACCUGGGAGGAACACCCUCCCAGGUCACCUCCUCCACUCCAGCCACAGGCCUCGGUCUGGGCACAUCUAUUUUCUCCAGCUCUGCCUCAACAGGCUUAGGGCAGUCUACUCUUGGAGGGGGCUUGACUCUCGGUAGUUUGCUCUCAUCCUCCACAGCAUCCACAGCCCCUCUUGCCCCUGCACCCAGUGUGGGUUUGGGUGGAGUGGACUUCAGCACCUCCUCUGAGAACAAGAGUGAUAAAUCAUCCAGUGCUAGACCUGAAGACAGCAAAGCUCUCAAAGAUGAAAACCUUCCUGGUCCCAUCUGUCAAGAUGUGGACAAUUUCCAGAAGUUUGUGAAGGAGCAGAAGCAGGUUCAAGAAGAGAUCAGCAGGAUGUCCUCUAAAGCCAUGCUUAAAGUGCAGGAUGACAUUAAGAGUCUGAAGCAGCUUCUGUCGGUCAGUGCCAGUGGGCUGCAGAGAAAUGCCCUGUCCAUAGACAAGCUCAAGAUGGAGACCGCUCAGGAGCUGAAGAACGCUGAUAUUGCACUGAGAACCCAGAAGACACCUCCUGGGCUUCAGCAUGAGAACACUGCACCAUCUGAUUAUUUCCGAGGGUUGGUGGAGCAGUUUGAGGUGCAGUUACAGCAGUACCGCCAGCAAAUCGAAGAACUGGAAAAUCAUCUGACCACUCAGAGCAGCAGCUCUCACAUCACCCCUCAAGAUCUCUCCAUGGCCAUGCAGAAGCUCUACCAGACGUUUGUGGCCCUGGCUGCACAGCUGCAAGCAGUUCAUGAGAAUGUAAAGACUUUGAAGCAUCAGUAUCUGAGCUACAGGAGAGCCUUCCUGGAAGACCCCACAGACGUUUUCGAGUUGAAGCGAACGGCCAGCCGGAAGCUGCAGAGUGCCCCGCGCGUGACCACGGGCCCGGCUCCAUUCGGCACCGUCCCCAAUGCCGCAGCCGUUGCCAUGGCUGCCACGCUCACACAGCAGCAGCAGCCCGCUCCAGGAACACAGGCGCCCCUGGGGGCGAGUUUUGGGACUCCCUUUGCCUCGGGCAUGGGCACUAGUAUGGGCUCUACCAGCCUUGGAGCUUUUGGGAGCGGGCCGGGGUUCGGGGCUGUGGCGACUGGAGGCUCGUCGUUCGGUUUUUCCGCUAGCAAGCCAUCUGGAGGGAGCUUGAGCGCAGGGUUCGGAAGCUCCGGCACCUCUGGCUUUAACUUCAGUAACCCAGGAAUCAACGCAUCUGCCGGGCUUACCUUCGGGGUGUCCAACACUCCGACGGCAGGAUUCGGCACAGGAGGGCCUCUGUUGCAGCUCAAAAAGCCUCCAGCGGGCAACAAGAGGGGCAAAAGAUAGAACAGCUGAUGUGAAAGGGGUAAAGGGAAUAAGCAUUUAGGCCACAAGAUUUCAGCGUUAGUCACAGAUGUCUAUAUUUUUGAUGGGUAUGCUUAAAGGAAUACAUCAGCAUUUUCAACCUUCUGUAUCUGCAUUAUACCAUCGAUUACCCCAGACGAUUUCAGUGUAUAUCUCUGUACUUAGAAAAGAACAGAUAAAGCAUGUUGAAUCCUGACUGACUCACUUGUAUAUAAAAGCCAAUAGGCAGAUGAAGCAACUGCCCAUUGUUUUAUUAUAAUAAGUGAGUUUUGAGUCAACAGGCUUUUGUAUUCUUAUUCUAAGUACAUUGAAAUGCGUCAGUCGUCUGUGGUCAUCGACCACAUGCUGCACAUGUGGGCGACAGAAAUCAGGUUGAAAACGUUAUUCCCUUAAGAGAAAACUGUCCUUAGCACAUUGGAAAAUGUUUUGUGUUUCACCGUUCAAACUGUCCUGUACUUUAUCUUUUUCCGUGUAUUUCUUGCUCCGAUGAUAUGACGCUGUGCUGCCACUGCCGCUUGGCUAGUGGCGUGGGACUCUCAGCGUUGGAGUACUGACGUGAUGAUGUGAAAUGAAUUUACAACCCACCGCAGUUGAUGGCAUGAUGGGACGUUUGAAGAAACCUCAAUAAGGAGCUGUUUGGUUUUGAGAAGCAUUCAUGAUCUCAGCCCCGCUACGCGUUAGUCACUUUAUUUGCCUCACUGUGCUCUGUGACUGUAUAUAUGUCAGUCCAUAUAGCAUGUUAACUAUUCUUCACCGUCGGUUUGAGAUCAUGACCCCCUGUGUACUUUCUUGCUUCUUGAAAUGUACCAAUAGGUGGUGGCAACCAGUAUGAAAUGUGUAGUUUGCGUGCCCAUUUGAUGUUUCUGUUUCGUCUGUUAUGUCAUUACCAAAUAGUACAAAUCUUUUCUAGACUUUAUGUGCAAACUGGUAUUUUUUGACUUGAGAAAGGUUUAUUAAUAAAAGGAAACAAUUUCUCCAA